AUGACGAACACCACAGAUCUUGUAAACAUCCCUGCUCCAACGGUGCCUGGGAAUAAUCUUUCUGGGCAAGUUUUUGUCCCUUUUCUGAAGGACACAGACGGGCAGAGCAAAGUUGCUGUAGUGACAUAUCCCUCUGCGGAACAAUUUAUGGAUAACAAUCCAGACCCCACUGCGAUCCAGACUCCCGUCAUUCGUGUUGAAACUGCUGGAUUUGACCUUAAUGACUUAAAGUGCAAUCCACUUCAAAUCAUUUUUGAUGUGAACAUUAGUAACAAAACACUGGUUGACAAAAACAUAAAAAUUGAUCCUCAGCAGUGGGAAAUCCUGUCCAGUAUCACUUAUAUAGGUUGUACUUUUUCGUCAUUUUUCUCAGCAGUCACCAUCUUCCUCUACUUCUUCAUUAAGCGCUCGUUAAGAGACAUUUCCCUCCGCAUCCAUGUGUCUUUGAGCGCAGCCCUUUUCCUCCUUAACACCAGCUUCAUGUUCAGCGAAUGGGCAGCUACGUUGCCUGAAAACAGUGUGUGCGUCUUAACAGCAGUGAUAAUACAGUACAGCCUGCUGUCCUGUUUCUCCUGGAUGGCCAUUGAAGCCCUACACUUGUACUGUCUUCUAAUCAAAGUGUUUAACACCCACAUCAAGCGCUACAUGAUCAAGCUGUCCCUGUUUGGAUGGGGAAUGCCUGCUGUCCUUGUUGGAGGAAGUCUGUGUGGGUUUGGCAUUAAGCCUUUAUAUGGUAAAGUGAACACAACAUUAUCAAACACAAAUGGAACAUCAGAAUCAAAUUUCUGCUGGAUUACUGACACACACUUCCUGUAUGGCAUGAACAUCACCUACUUCUCCUUAACCUUCCUGUUCAACACAUUCGUUCUGGCGAUAGUAACACAUCAAAUCUUUAAGCUGCAAUGCUUGAACAUAGGAGGCAGUAAGCUUCCAUCUCGCAAGAACAUUUGCACAGUCCUGGGCCUGACCAUCCUGCUGGGAAUGGCAUGGGGUUUUGCUUUCUUUACCUCGGGAUACACGAACUACCCCGUUCUUUAUCUCUUCUGUAUCUUCAACAGUUUUCAAGGUUUUUUUCUUUUCUUCUGGGUCUGCUGUACAGUGAAAAAGAACAGGGGUACCAAGGGACAGUUCAAGAUUCUGUCUGAGCCGACCAGUAAUUCACUCAACCUCUACAGCUCCUUUUCCCACUGAACAGAUAUUAUAAUUAAGCUGUGAUAUAGUUACAAAUCAAAUCAUGUUCUUAUAGAUAUUAAUACAUGAACUGCAACACAUUAUCCAAGUUAUUUAAAAUCUACUUUAUCAAAUUUUUCAUAGUGACCACUGAGUUCUUUAUUAAUGAUAUCACAAAAGUAAACUAUGUACAUUGUUUUAAAGGAAAUAUAGAGUUUGUUAUAUGUAUAUCUAACUGCCAAGUACAUGUUAGACUGAGUGAUUAAGAUUUUUUUUUUUUUU